AUAAUCCCGACUAGACAGUUGUAAUGGCGUCUCAUACACAACUGUGCUACACUCGUCGCUAAAUCAUAAAGGUUGUGUGUUAAUUUAUUCGCCAUGGCCACCAAAUCCUCUCUGCUGAAGGUGAUCCUGCUGGGGGAUGGCGGUGUGGGCAAGUCGUCUCUAAUGAACCGCUACGUGUCAGACAAGUUCGAUGCGCACCUCUUCCACACCAUUGGUGUCGAAUUUCUCAACAAGGAGCUUGAGGUAGAUGGGCGGCGCGUGACGCUGCAGAUUUGGGACACGGCUGGUCAGGAGCGUUUCCGGAGCCUGCGUACACCGUUCUACCGCGGCUCUGACUGCUGCUUGCUCACGUUCGGUGUGGAUGAUGCGCAGAGUUUCCACAACCUCAGCCACUGGAGGAAGGAGUUUACCUACUAUGCUGAUGUAAAAGAGCCAGAAACCUUUCCUUUCAUCGUGCUUGGCAAUAAAGUUGAUGUCACGGAGCGGCAGGUGACCUCUGAAGAGGCACAAGCUUGGUGCCGCGAUAAUGGUGGCCACUCGUACUUCGAAACAAGCGCCAAGGAUGCCACGAACGUUACUGAGGCUUUUGAAGAGGCGGCUAGACGCGUGUUGGCACUGGAGGAUCGGCAGGAGCACACGAUGCCCUCGGACGUUGUGGAUUUACGCAGGAAGCCGAAGUCGGGCAGUCGCUGCUGUUUGUAACAAGUCAGUCAAUGGAUAUUUUAAUGCUGACUAAUGGAGUUCAAAGACUUAUUGGACUUCACUUGUUCACUAGUAUAUCCUGUUUCACAAAAGGCUUCAUAGUGCAUGAAGAAGUUCAGCCAUUAAUAAUAUAUUUUAAAAUAAGCCAAGAUUACUUUCACCAGUUUUUGCUUAUCAUAAAACUGUGACUCAAGUCUUCAUGUAUGAACUGGUGGAAAAUCAUCAUAGUGUUUAAAGAAAUUUAGCUUGUUCCCCACCUGAUUAUUAUCUACUACAUCUGUAGAUUAUAAAUACUGUACAAUUAUAUUUACAUUUAAAGUGGACUCUUAACAAUGGCUGUCAAAACCCAUGGUCACACCAGAAGUUUGCAUUUCAUGUUUGUUGACCCUAGUCGGAUUGGAUUAGUUUAUCGGGGGACCCAGGGAAAUUACGGCUUUCACAGGUGCUUCUGUGUUUUUUCCUUCUACGUCUCUAAGAAAAUAAAUGACGGUGCAAAUGACCUGUUUGUGUGGUAAAACCGCCUACAUACUCUCUUUACAUUUAGAGAAGCAGAAUUUUACAAAAGAAGCAGAAUAAAGUUUAUUUAAAGAGCAUUUCUCUGUAUAUGUUACGUGUGGAGCGUGCAUGAUCGCACACACAGAAAGUUGCUUCUCCCGAGGAAAUUUAAUUACCAACCAAACUCACGUGCUUUAACACAGAGGAGACGUGGAAAAAUGUGUUUGAAAUAUUUCCCUGAUAAACUAAUUCAAUCUGAGAAACAAAACCAAUCUAGAGUAAUCUAGAAGUCCAGGCCUAGAAAAACACCUUCCACUGACAGUUCUCUCGCUAGUAAAUCUGAGUAGAAAAACAUCAGUACUUAAACACAACGAUUAAAUCCAUUUGCACCAUCCAGUCAACCUCAUUCCAACAAUGUCACUUUUUUUCGUGUAUAAAUUACAGUUGGUGCUUUCUAUGUCUAAUCCACUGGGUUGCAAUACAGAGGAUCAACCUGACAGUGAAAAACAAAACUGCUACUGGUCGCUGUGAAUGAGUGGCAGCUGAGUAACCUGCAAUGGAUUGACACCCUGUUCUGGGUAUUCCUGCCUUGGUGGAACCGGACCUGCUACCCUGACCAGCAUAAAGGGGUUGAUGAAAAUGAAUGAAUGAAUAAUUGCUGCCACAGUAACUGCUAUUUCAUUUUUUGUGGUUUUAUUUCAGUACAAUUUCUUCCUGGUAAGCAACCAUAGACUACAGAUGUGAUGGAUAGAGAUUAGGUUAUUAAAAAGCCUUGGAUUUAAGUCUUGGAUUUAACUUAUAACCAAAAUAUAUUGUGUUUGGAUAAAGAGUUCACAAAGGCACUCUUUGUGGGUCUUGACUGACUACUACCCAUUCAAAAUAAACUACAUUAAUGAUGCAUUCAUAGACUAAUACAGCAUCUGCAUAGCAGGUGAUGCUGAUGUGCAAGCAGGUGUAGCUUCAAAGAGUUAAAAUUCAUAGAAAGGUCUGCUUUAAAGGUUUCUUUCUGGCUAGUAAACAUAAUUUGUUUGAGGAAACUCAGUUGUGAUGACGAUGUUUAAAAUGAGAUUUUUGUUAUUUGUUCAAUUCUGCAAACAUUAAUUAAUUGCUACAGUUAAAUAUUCAAAAAGGUUGAAAUUCUAGUUGAAAUUGUGUUCAAGUGAAAUCAACACUGGUGGGCAGAGGAAUAUUGGUUUUGGACAGUGUUUGAUGAGAUGCACACCUAUGGUAUACAAGUACAGCCAUGUAAUAAAUAGGCGGAAAGAUUUCUAAUGCAGAAUUAUAAAGAUCACUGUUGAUUAUUAAGACUGAGAAAUAAGGAUUGAUUUAUGUGUAACACUUCAUUAAUAAUAAAAAACGAUUUAAUCAUGUGUACUAAACAUUAUGACUGACAAUUUUUGCUUAAUAGUGCCUUUUCUUUUCUGAUGGACAAAUAAUUCGUUGGGCAUCGCUAACACUAGUGACAGACUAGAACUCUGCUUGUGUGCAUUGUUGUUAGCAUUACCCUUAAGUGUGGCUAGCCAUGCUGCAUAAAUAUGCUCUGACCCUAAAUAACAAACUAAUAGAUGCCCAACUGUGUAAAAUCAAAACUACAAAAGAAAUUACAUGUCAAUCUUUACACUAAAAUGAUCAUGACCAUGUAUAAUAUAAAACACGUUUCCUAACUUUUACAUUGUUUUCUGUAUCUUUCUGUAUCACUGUUUUUAAUGUUGUGUGUUGCUAAAUGACUUGAUAUUCAUUAUAAAAAUAA